AUGUGGACAUGUGCAAGACGAGGCUAUUCGAGCGUGGCCAAUGGGGUGGCCUCUGUGAAUGCCAUGAAGUCUCCCGCAAUACGAGAACUUCAACAGCUGGCAGGCUCAGACUUGCAGUACUCUUUCCCUACACCUCGUCAAUUGAAAGCACAUCUUGACAAAUACAUCAUCGGGCAAGAUCACUGUAAAAAAGUUCUCUCGGUUGCAGUGUUCAAUCAUUACAUACGGGUCCAGGAUGCUUCAAAGGAGAAUUCCUCUACAUUGCUGGGAGCACCAGUGCUACACAAAAAGUCCGAUACCGGCGUGGAGCUUGAAAAGUCGAAUAUUCUCCUGUUUGGCCCUACAGGCUCGGGAAAAACGCUGGCAGCAACCAUCAUGGCCCGGGUGCUUCAGGUACCAAUAGUCAUACAAGACUGCACCUCGCUGACACAGGCAGGUUACGUGGGCGAGGAUGUGGAGAGCUGCAUAUUAAAGCUUCUGGCCAAAGCUGAUUAUGAUGUCAAUCUUUGCCAGCGUGGCAUUGUUGUUCUAGAUGAGCUGGACAAACUUGCAAAGCCGCAGGUUUAUGCUGGUACGAAGGAUAUAGGCGGCGAAGGGGUUCAGCAGGCUCUUUUGAAACUGGUCGAAGGAACUAGUGUUUCGGUCCAGGCUAAGAAAAGCAACCAUGUAGAAAACACUGGGCUAGGAGGAGGCACGACAGAGUACACGGUGGACACCUCUACAAUUCUGUUUAUUGGGAUGGGAGCUUUCACUGGACUGGACAAGAUCAUCAAAAAGCGACUAGGUCGUAAAAAAGAGGCCGACGUCCUAUCCAAAGCGCAACCAUCUGAUUUGGAGCAGUACGGUUUGAUCCCCGAGCUUGUGGGACGGAUGCCUGUUUUUUCGUCUCUGAAACAGCUUGAAGUGGACGAUCUUGAAAGGAUUUUGGUGGAGCCGCAGAAUUCGAUUGUCCGCCAGUACGAGUACUCUUUUGCGAAAAGUGGAGUGAGGCUGGCCUUCACUAGAUCUGCCGUAAGGAAAAUAGCAGAAACGGCUCUCAAAAAUGGUACUGGAGCGCGGGGUUUGCGUGGGGUCCUGGAGAAAGUGCUGCUGGCAGCGAACUACGAGUGCCCUGGGAGCGGGAUCAGUUUUGUGCUUCUAGACAAGGAGGUCAUGGAGAUGGACGAAAUAACACCCAAGUAUUUCGCGCGAGGAGAUAUCUUUAGAUUUUUGGAACAAGUGGGAAAAGAGGACGAACAAUUGCGCGGAAUGCUGAGUGACGAGUAUGGCAUACCAAAAUUCGAGUCGAUAAAAAUUUAA